AUGAUCACGGAGCGGCAAGUGGAGAAAUUCAUUUGGAAAAACAUCGUGACUCGAUUUGGCUUGCCUGAAGCCAUCAUCACGGACAACGGAUCCCAGUUCACCAGUGCUCGGUUCCAGGAGUUCUGUGCGAACUACGGGAUUCAGUUGAGGUUCAGCUCUGUGGCCCAUCCCCAGAUGAACGGGUUAGCCGAAGUCACUAACCGAUCUAUUCUAAAUGGACUCAAGAGGAGAGUGUCAGCGGCCCAAUCAGCUUGGGUGGACGAGCUCCCCAGUAUCUUGUGUUCCUUGCGGACCACCCCCAAGGCCGCGACCGGAGAAUCCCCUUACAGCCUCUAA